GUGUUGUCUGCUAAUAGAUUACCGGCGUUCGAAGUGCAGGGGGUUUACAUCAGAUAUCAGAGCUUCAGAACCAAUACAAUAUUGCUUUCUUUAUCUUGGAAUUUCAAGAUAUAGAUAGUAGUUUCCUUCCUGUUACAUACGAAAAUAGCUUUACACGGCUUUAAACGAUUCAUCAAGCCCAUAACAACCAUGGCUUCUAGGAUCACGGCCCCCUUUUCCUUUUGGACUGAAAAUCCCAUUAAACUUGAGGCUGGUUCAUCUAUUGACAAUUCAAAGUAUAACUUUGAUUCUAUUGUAAUAGUGUCACCAGAUAUUACCAAAGUAAAUCCACAAAAUUCUAGUUUUCUGCAGGGCUUUGUACAGACAUUAAAGACUCAAAAACAGUAUGAUUCAGCUUUUGAAGAUGUUGAAACUUUCCUUAGUCCAAACAUAGCUGAAUAUGAAAAUAUUAAAAAAUUGGUAUAUAGUCCAACUGGGCCAUUAGAUAGACAUUAUGAUGAUGUGCGAAGAUUUGCUGAUGCUGCUGAAAAGGGUAUCAAAAGAAUCUUGAAAGCAGGAGGUAAGCGUCCAAUUUUGGCUAUUCUUUAUCAGAAUCCUAAUGAUGCAGCAUAUGAAAAAUAUCAACAAUUUGACAUUGCUUCUGCCUUGGGAGCUGCUGAAGCUGUUUAUGUGCCUUUGGAAAUACGGGAGGAUGUUCCUGAUAAGGCAGCAAAAAUUGAAGCCCUAGGUUAUACUAGCAUGGGAUCUUUACAAUCUCCUGUGUUGUCAGGAAUUGAGCUUGGCAGGAUUAUGUGUCGGGAUAUUGGUGGCUCUGAUCCUGAGCGUAUGGCUGCUCCAAAUGUUGCAACAUAUGUAAAAGAGUUGUUUGUUAAUACAUGUAUCAAAAUUGACAUUAUUCAUGAUCAAUCUGUGAUUGAAAAAGAAUAUCCUCUGUUAGCUGCUGUUAAUCGAGCUGCUAAAGGUGUUGAAAGACAUAAUGCCCGUGUAAUAUUCCUUACUUAUGACCCGGAAGGACCAAUUGAGAAAACAGUUGUACUUGUGGGAAAGGGUGUGACAUAUGACACUGGUGGAGCUGACAUUAAAGCUGGUGGUGUAAUGGCUGGUAUGCAUAGAGAUAAGUGUGGAGCUGCUGCAGUUGCUGGAUUCCUUCGAACUGUAGCUGCUUUGAAGCCAAAAGGAGUAAGGGUGCUAGGAGCUAUGUCAAUGGUCAGAAAUAGUGUUGGUUCGAAUUGCUAUGUUUCUGAUGAAAUUAUCACCUCCAGAGCUGGUGUUCGUGUGAGAGUUGGAAACACAGAUGCUGAGGGUAGAAUGGCUAUGGCUGAUGUUCUUUGUCACAUGAAAGAAAAAGUGUUAAAAGAGAGAAGUCCUAACCCACAUUUGUUUACUAUCGCUACUUUGACUGGCCAUGCUUGCCUAGCUGUUGGUGAAGCAUAUUCAAUUAUAAUGGAAAAUGGAGCUGCAGCUCGAGAGAAUGUUGGAAGAGACCUUCAAAAUGCUGGUCAUGCUGUUGGAGAUAUGUUUGAAGUUUCUACCAUUCGCAGAGAAGAUUAUGACUUUCAUAAAGGCAAAUCUGAAUAUGAAGAUCUGCUACAGUGUAAUAAUGCUCCAUCUUCACGUACUCCUCGUGGUCACCAGACUCCAGCUGCUUUCCUUAUCAUGUCCUCUGGAUUAGAUAAACAUGAUGUGAAUUCACAAAGUCCUUUGAAGUACUCUCACAUUGACAUUGCUGGGUCUUCAGGACCAUUCCCAGGAAUUCCAACUGGAUCUCCAAUUCCUGCAUUAACUGCCAAUUUUAUUUUAAGAACAUAAACAAAGAAAUUUUUCAUAGGCAUUCUUGUUUUUUAUGAAUAAAUAUUUGUAUUUUA